UGUAAGGAGAUUAGGUUAUGUUUUAUAAACAAACUGAACAGUCAGGAUGUAACAAAGUACAGUAGAUACAAAAUUAUUCAUAACUUGUUAUGUUUAUUUUUAUAAAUAAGUCCUUCUUUAGCAGAAGACUAAUUAAACACAAAGACAUAAUAUUGAUGAAUUCGUUUAAAACAGAAAGUUGAAACGGUUAAUAGUAGGCUAUGAUUAGGCUAUUCAUCACUGUACCAGGUUCACAGGAAGACAGGGAGGUAUAUGCUGGAUUAAAUAUCCAAGACAGAAAGGUCUUCAUCAGGAAACUAAAAUACUACCUUAGCAAUAGACCAUACUACAGCCUGGACGAGUUUGUAUACGAUCACACCUACCGACCAUAGGGAAUAAACGACCCCUACUAAAGGGAAGACAAAAUGACGAUUCCCGCAGCCCUGGCUGCUGGUGAAGACUACAGAAGUAUCAAGUUCCCCAAAGAUCGAGCUAAAUGGGCCAAGGUCAUGCGCAGAGACGAGUGGCAGCCCAAAGACAGCGACCGCAUCUGUUCUGUGCAUUUUAAAGAUAAUAUGUUUGAUAGGACUGGGCAAACUAUGCGGUUGAUGGUGCAGUACCAACCAUAUUUUCGACAUUUCCGUCUUAACUUCAAAGAAAAGUAAGUGUUUCCACUACUAAAUAAAUGACAUUUAUUGUAUUAAUGUCAUUAGUAAAAUGUAAACACCGGGGAAUUUCAACAAAAAGCAUAAAAUCUCCUUUUUUGUAUUCUCUGAUGAAAUGCAUUAAAUAUCAAGAAUAUUAAGUUGAAUAUUUCAUUUUAGAUCAGGUAAAUAUUCUACAUUCACUGUUUCAUUGCCAUAUGAAUUGA